AGCCGUGCUGGUCCGGGCGUCCCGCUGUGGAGGAGGUGAGGGCGGGAAGAGCCUCAGCCCGUGCCGGCCUUCGCCUCCGCGCCCUGCCCGGCCGUGUGCCCGGCGGCCCGGCUGCGGGGAGAUGCGUGGCUGGGACGACCUCUACCCGCUCCCAGUGCCGCCCUCCUGGGUACCGGGGGCUGCUGUCGGGAUUCUUUCCUUGCACUUCAUCCAGAAACUCCUCUUCCCCUACUUCUGGGCCGACCUGAGAUACCUGCUCAAAGUGUUGACCUAUGGGGCGAGAAUGGAGAUGUACCGGCUGCAAGGGAGGAUUGUCACCGUCCUGGACAAGUUUGUGAAGCUGGCGGAGAAGCAGCCCCACAAACCGUUCCUCAUCUACGAGGGGACCGUUCACACCUACAGAGAUGUGGACCGGAGGAGUAACAGGAUAGCACAGGUCUUCCUGCAGCACGAGGCUCUGAAGAAGGGAGACACGGUGGCCUUGCUGAUGGGGAACGAGCCAGACUUCAUCCACGUGUGGUUCGGACUGGCCAAGUUGGGCUGUGUAGUGGCGUUCCUCAACUUCAAUGUCCGCUUCAGAUCUCUCCUUCACUGUGUCAGUAGCUGUGAGCCCAAGAUACUAGUUGUGGGAGCAGAUUUGCUUGGGACGUUGGAAGAAAUUCUUCCUAAACUUCAAAAAGAUGUCAGUGUUUGGAUAAUGGCCAAGGACUCCAAGUUGCCAAAUGUGCAUACCCUUUUAGACAAAAUAGAAGCUGCAUCUGAAGACCCUGUUCCAGUUAAUCGAUGCUCUGCCAACAACCUCAAGUCAGCUGUUUUAUAUAUAUUCACUUCAGGAACAACAGGUCUUCCAAAGGCAGCAGUCAUUAGUCAUUUACAGAUUCUUAAAGGAGCUGCUGGACUGUGGGCUUUUGGUGCUACUUCAGAAGACAUCAUUUAUAUUACUCUGCCUCUUUAUCACAGUGCAGCUUCUCUUCUUGGCAUUGGUGGAUGCAUUCAGCUGGGAGCAACCUGUGUGUUAAAAAAGAAGUUCUCAGCUAGUCAGUUUUGGAAUGACUGCAGAAGGUACAACGUGACUGUCAUCCAGUACAUUGGGGAGCUUUGCCGUUACCUUUGCAAUCAGCCAGUGAAGGACGGAGAAAAAAAUCACAAAGUCCGACUAGCAGUUGGAAAUGGAGUAAGAAAUGAUGUAUGGAGGGAAUUUUUGGACAGAUUUGGUCCUGUUAAGAUCUGUGAGUUCUAUGGGGCUACUGAGGGAAACAUUUGUUUCAUGAACCACACGGGAAAAAUUGGAUCCGUUGGGCGCACCAAUUUCUUCUAUAAGCUUUUUUUCCCAUUUGAUUUAAUCAAGUAUGUUCCAAAAGAUGAACCAAUUAGAAAUAAGCAUGGUUGGUGUGAAAAAGUUAAGAAAGGUGAAGCUGGUCUUCUGAUCUCCAAAGUCAAUGCAAAGAACCCCUUCUUUGGUUAUGCUGGCAAUAAAAGACACACAGAAAAGAAAUUACUCUGUGAGGUAUUUAAGAAGGGAGAUCUUUAUUUUAAUACUGGAGAUCUAAUGGUUCAAGACCAUGACAAUUUUCUGUAUUUUUGGGACAGGAUUGGAGAUACCUUCAGAUGGAAAGGGGAGAACGUUGCUACUACAGAAGUUUCUGAUGUCAUUGUAAUGUUGGACUUCAUACAAGAAGCAAAUGUGUAUGGUGUGUCUGUGCCAGAUCAUGAAGGAAAAGCAGGAAUGGCUUCUCUUAUUCUAAAGCACAAUGCAUCAUUAGACUUGGAGCAAAUGUAUAAGCAAGUAGUGACCUAUCUACCGAGUUAUGCUUGUCCCCUUUUCUUAAGAGUCCAGGAAAAAAUGGAAAUGACAGGAACAUUCAAACAACAAAAAUUUCAACUUGUGGAUGAAGGUUUUAAUCCAUCUACAAUUACUGAUCCCCUUUAUUUUUUAGACAAUUCUAAGAAAGCAUAUGUCUUGUUAACCAAAGAAUUACAUGAGAUGAUCUUAUCUGGGAAAAUGAAGCUUUAAUUAAUUGACCAUAUAAUAGGCUACUAAGGGACAGUCUGUACAAGCUAUUGUAUGAGAAAACAAUGCAAUUAAUUAACAGUAUUUUUACAUAGUUAUCCAGAUUAAUGUUUUUUAUAUUUGAUAUUUACAUUCAGAUAUGUCUUUACUUACUUAUUAUUUUCCACUAAUGACUUUUUACCUCUUGAGACAAAUUUCUAAGCAAAUAACCUGUAAAACAUAACUGAAAUAUAUUUUAUAUUAACUUUGGAAUAUAAUUGCUGAAUCUGAUACUUUUUCUUAGUACUAAACAUAAAUGAUACAUGGUAUGACACAUGGUAGAAAAAGGAUCAACAUAUAUAUCGUGUCUCAUGUUGUGUCUAAAGGGAGAAUAUAUGCCACUAACUAUUGUAAAUCAAGGAGGACUCUGACAAAGGGGGAGAGAGAAUGAUGCAUUGACUUCAUCAUCAGAAGGCUAAUGAAUUACUUUAUUAUACUAUACUAUGUACAUUUCAUCUAAACUAAAUUUGCUAAGCACUCACUCUUGCUCACAACUGCACAGAACUGCACUCAUCUUCGAUUCUCUCGUAACUGUCCCGUGACAGUCCCACACACACACAUUUCUUGGCCCGGGUAGGCCAAGGGAAUAAAACAUCCUCACUUUGGGUAAACAAUCUCCAUAAUGCAUUCUACUUUAGCACAACACAGGCACAGCAAGCGAGAUAAGAAUUGUAUUUUCUUUCUUCUCUGCUUGUCUCACAGCUUCUCUCUGUUCAGAGGACCUGUGAAUACCGCAACUAACAUCUUUUUUUUUUCUGUAGUUUACAUACUUCUAAAUAUGUAUUGUAAGAAGUAAAAGCUUGACACUGGUUGGAGGAAAAAAUAUUUUCUGCAGAGGACUUUUCUAACGGAAUAGAAGAUAAAACUGAAGCAGAAGAAAGUCCUCCAAACAAACCCAAAUACUAACAUCAGUGCUGAAUUUUUUUUUCUGUCAUAAGCUCUGCUCUUCCAUUUGUUAAACUGGCUGUUCAGAGUGUGAAAUUCUGAAGACAAAGCAAACUUUUGUGGAAUGUGUAGCAGCACAUCAACAAAAGGCAGAGAUAAUCUGCAAGCUUAAUGGGGAAAAUCAUUUAUAUAGCAUAAAAAGAAUUAUUGCAGCACUUUAUGUCAUUCAUAUUGAGUACCAAAUAGCUUCCAUACUGUUAGUAAUGACUGCUAAAGAUCAUUAUUUUAUGAGUAUAGAAUAUAACUGAUUUUUUAAAACACUAGAUUUUAUGUAAUAAUUGCUUUUUCUAAGUUUUAAAAUAAAGUAUAAAAUUAUUUAAACCAAAUA